AUGAGUCAUUGGAGAACUUUAAAGAAGGUUGAUGAAUUUGGCUUGAAUUUUGAUGAGCAAAUUAAGACAUGGAAAGAAAGUCUCGAGCAUAGCCACAACCUUGAGUCGGCUGUUAGAUUCAUCCAGAGUAUCAAUAAUGAAGAGCUUGUUCCAACAAGCCUUGUUGGUCCACCAAUUAUCACAACUGAAUCUGUCAGUGAUAGUCAAAUAGCUAAUCCUUCAUUUCAAACUGAGUCACUACAUAGAAAGUAUGGUAUUGAUGAGAAUAUAUUAAAGGAGAAACUUAAAGCUAAAGGUACAGUUGAAGGAAGAUUCAAUGAGGCUAUCAUUGAUGAAGUCAUGGAUAAACUUAGGAACUUGUGUAAUUCACAUGCUUCAUACGAAGAAAACCUAAAAUAUACUCAGAUGAAAAUUGAAUUGUCUCAUGCCCCUGGGUAUCAACUGACUGGAGACAAUGUGGACUUGUAUGUUAAGGUGAAGCACAUGUCAAGCACAAAUCAGAAUUCCAGUAUACACUGGUUUAACAUAAAUGCUGUCCUCAACAGAGUGAAUAAUAAUCAGCUCAACAAUAACAAACCAAUCAUGUCCUUUCUUAAAAUGGAGAAUUCACAGUUUCUUCCAUCUGCUCAAGAUAACGUUAACAUCCUUCAGGAUUUUAUUCCUCUUGUAAGUCGUGUUCUGGUAACCAAUAUUUCUGCAUUGCAACAAUUUAAGAAAUCAGUUGUUUGGCAUAUACCACACAAGUAUACCAACGAGAUGAAGCAGAAAUCUACCCAGGUGUGA